AUGAUUGUGGACUUCAGGAAGAGCACUGUCCCCCCGCCCCCACCCUCCGUGAUGGACUCCCCCAUCACCUCUGUGGAGUCCUUCCGUUUCCUGGGCACCACCAUCACCCAGGACCUCAAGUGGGAGCCGACCAUCAGCUCCCUCAUCAAGAAGGCCCAGCAGAGGAUGUACUUCCUGCGGCAGCUCAGGAAAGCCAAGCUGCCUGCACAGAUGUUGGUGCAGUUCUACACGGCCAUCAUCGAGUCCAUCCUCACCUCCUCCAUCACCUCCUCCAUCACCUCCUCCAUCACCUCCACAUCACCUCCUCCAUCACCUCCUCCAUCACCUCCUCCAUCACCUCCUCCAUCACCUCCUCAUCACCGUGUGGUUCGCUGGAGCCACACUCAGUCUGAACUCGAGGCCGAGAUGCUGCUGGUGAUGAGGUGGAAACUUCUGUGUUCCUCUCUGAUCCUCCCUGCAGGUUUCCUCUUUGAUCCUCCUGCAGGGUGGUCCUCUCUGAUCCUACAGCAGGUUUUCCUCUUUGAUCGCCUGCAGGUGUUCCUCUCUGAUCCUCCCUGCAGGUUUGCCUCUGGUGAUCAGGUGGUCCUCUUUGAUCCUCCUGCAGAUGUGUUCCUCUCUGAUACCUCCUGCCGGUGUUCCUCUCUUAUCCAUCCUCUGGUGUUCCUCUUUGAUCUCCUGCAGGUGUCCUCUUUGAUCCUCCUGCAGGUGGCCUCUUGUCCUCCUCCUGUGUGUUCAGUUUCAUUUGUUUACUGGUCGAGCCACGACUCCGUGAAGCUGAUCAAGUUCGCGGACGAGACCUCCCUCAUUGGACUCAUCUCCAACAACGAUGAGUCCGCCUACAGGAGGGAGGUGGACCGGCUGGUGUCCUGGUGCAGUGGUAACGACCUGGAGCUGAACGCCCAGAAGACAGUGGAGAUGAUUGUGGACUUCAGGAAGAGCACUGUCCCCCCGCCCCCACCCUCCGUGAUGGACUCCCCCAUCACCUCUGUGGAGUCCUUCCAUUUCCUGGGCACCACCAUCACCCAGGACCUCAAGUGGGAGCCGACCAUCAGCUCCCUCAUCAAGAAGGCCCAGCAGAGGAUGUACUUCCUGCGGCAGCUCAGGAAAGCCAAGCUGCCUGCACAGAUGUUGGUGCAGUUCUACACGGCCAUCAUCGAGUCCAUCCUCACCUCCUCCAUCACCUCCUCCGUCACCUCCUCCAUCACCUCCUCCAUCACCGUGUGGUUCGCUGGAGCCACAGUCAGGGACAAACAGAGACUACAGCGCAUUGUGCGCUCUGCAGAGGAAGUGAUCGGCCGCAGCCUUCCAUCGCUGCAGGACCUGCAGGAGGCUGCGGUCCAUCAGGACUAG